AUGAUCGAACCAGUUGCUGGACAUGACUUUACCAAAGAAAAGGAGCAACCACAUAUCGUGUAUAAAAGGAGCCCAGAUGAGUAUCAAGCUCAGAGUCUCUGCAACGUCAUCGGUGAAACGUCCAGGAUCCUUGCCAAGCGUGCUUUGAAUCCGCGGAAGAAAGUGCCCGCAAAAUCAAUCGAGAAUAAGUCGUACACGCUAGAGCUGCUGGUCGUGUUGGACAAGUCUCUGUUGGAUUAUCGCAAAGAGUUCGAUGUAGAAAAUUACGUACUAACACUCUUCAAUAUGGCCGCAGGAUUGUUUCACGACGUCAGUCUAGGUGUACACAUGCAACUGACCAUAGUGAGAAUUAUAAGAUUAGAAGUGGAGGAAAAUGAGACAUAUAUUAUGUUGAAUACGCCGCAGAUGAAUUUGUCGAUAAAUCGAGACGCGGAUGCGACGUUGAAGCACUUUCAAGAGUGGCAAUACACCAUGAAUCCCGGCGGCGAUUCCCACCCAAAUCACCACGAUUGUGCGAUUCUCAUUAGCAAAUUAGAUAUCUGUGUCUCGAGAAACCUCUGUGGCUUCACCGGUACAUCCACGAUCGCUGGUACGUGCGAUCCUUUGAGAGGCGCAGCCAUUGUGAGAGAUGCUGGUCUGCCAACCGGUUAUCAUAUAGCUCAUCAGAUAGGCCACACCCUGGGUAUGUCCCACGACGUGCAGCGGGAGAACGGCUGUCCCGGUAUAGUUUAUCACGAGAACGGAUACGUGGUAACCACCGUUAUGCACCCCGGCGACAUGUACAUCACGAAAAAAUGGUCCGAGUGCUCCCGGCGCUACCUGCGCUCGUACAUCGAGCAGGGUCUCGCGUUCUGUCUAGAGGACGAGCCGCAGGAUCAUCAUUUUCCUGCGGUGGAAAUGUUACCGGGCGUGAUGUACAACGGCGACGAUCAAUGCCGGUUACGGUAUCGACCAGAUGCUCGGCAAUGUGACAUGGGAAUCUGGUGUUACCAAAUGAAGUGCCUAAUGGUUGGAGAACGACCUGGAGUCACUAACGGCGGCUGGGACGCCUGGUCGUCCUGGAGCAGGUGUUCGCGGACAUGCGGCUCCGGCGUGGCGUAUGCCGCGAGAAAAUGCAACCGGCCGUCUCCGUCCGGAGGCGGCUCUUAUUGCGUGGGUGACAGGAAGCGCUAUAAAAUCUGCGCCACGGACGUUAGUUUCGAGAGUCGCGAACAGCUUGCCGCUGUUGGAGACGGAAAAUUGACGUGCAUGGCAUUAACGUCGAGUGUUUUUUCGCAGCCCUGCGAAAUCGGCGCACCGUCGUUUCGCGACGUGCAGUGCGCCGAAUUCAACGACUGGGUAUUUCCAGAAGACGGAAAGGUUCAUCGUUGGGUGGCGUAUAAUCUGCCCGAAGACCUGAAGGCGUCCGAAAACCCCUGCGCGCUUUAUUGCAUGAGCGAGACUAAUCUGGUGACCUCGUUGAGACCGAAAGUGGUAGACGGUACCACAUGCUACAGAGGCGUCCGAGACAUUUGCGUCGGGGGUGUGUGCAUGGAGGUACCUUGCGACCUAGAUAUGGAAUCCACCGCCGCUGAAGACGUCUGCGGUGUCUGUCGAGGCGACAGCACCUCGUGCACCUUGAAGCAAGGAACAUUGUCAUUUAUGGCCCGAGCCCGGUUGAAGAAGAUAACAGAUGUGCCGGCCGGUGCCAGGAAUAUUCGCGUCGAGGUGGCGGAACCGGCCAAAUCCAAGAUCGUGGUGCGCACCAGAGGCGCGAAGACCGUGUUGAUCGAUGGCAACCGCCUAGGAAUGUUCGAUGUGCCGGGCUCCAAGGCGUGGCUGGGAAUGAUAAGGCCGAGGCAGGAAGCUUUGAAUAUACCGGGACCCGUCACUGAAGACUUGAUUAUAUUGGUUUUAGCAAAGGAGAACGUCACAUUGAAAUACUCAUUAGGAUUGAAGCAACGUACUCCGCGCAAACCCGAGUUCUCUUGGGACUUCAUCGACUGGGAGAAAUGCUCGGCAGGUUGCGGCCCGGGAGAGCAGAUAUCGAAACCCCGUUGCAUCGAGAAAAUCGGUGGACUGGUAGACGAUAAAUUUUGCAGAAACAUGAGUAAACCAACCGCAAAAGUCAGGCCGUGCAAUCAAGCGCCCUGCGUACCGCGGUGGAUCAUUGGCGAAUGGCAAGGCUGCGCACCGUGUACGCCAGGCUGCAAGAGAAGGCGCGCUGUCAAAUGUGUACGACCCGUCGGCCGUGGCGAGCAGGAUCUCGACGUGGUCGAGGACAGCUACUGCCAAGGACCGAAGCCAAGGGAGUCGGCGUCUUGCGAAGCCAGCCGACGAAGACGAGAAGACAGAGGUGCCGCCGCCGACAAACGCUCCGCUCGCCCGAGCACGCUAACGCGACAAAACGACUUCGUUAGAGCUGCUCGAGUGACUGUUAAGGCGGCUUUAAGCGGCGCCGUCGUGGAAGACCGACACCCGGGCGAAGUCUCCGCACGACCGGAACAGCCUGGGGAUUCGUCCAAUCGCUCUUGUUUGAUCAGCAGCACCGGGUACGUUAAUGCGCUGCCGGGUGAGACAACGGGCUUAGUUUCAGCGGCUCGAAAUUCGGCUAAGAUCGUUCGUCGAGAUCGUUCUCAGAUAGACAAAAGAUCCGGGAAUACGCCGAGCGCUAAAGAGAAGAUAAAUGCGAAUAAGAUUAAGAAGGGCGAGGUAGUGAUCGAUAAAGAGGACAUUCGGAACCUAACGCUGACGAUUAUUCUGGAGCGCGAUGAAAGGAACGCCGUUAUGAAUUUUCCAAAGGAUUUUGAGCCUCGACCGCCGGAAAAUAGCACGGAGUUCACCCUGGCCGGCACGGAUGCUCUCAGAUACAUACAAAGAAUUCAGGAAGAAGCGCGCGCCUCUUCCGGGCUCUCGAUUUUUCGCGAACGACGUGCAUGCGAUACGCGAAAUAGAUCGAUGGCGCAAAUGAUCGCGGGGAAGAAAUUCGCGCGCUUCCCGGCGCGAUGA